AUGGAAACCCCAUUGCAGCUGCAGAACGAUUUCUUUCCAGAGCAGCAGCUCCAGCACUGUAAGUACCAGCACUACUGCGGGCGGGAGGAUCGGCUCGGCAAGCAGCACGACCAAUGCUGCACCUGCAAUAGCUGCACCUGUGAUGCGAGAAAAAGCCUCGUCUUUCGCGGGACGUCGCCGACCACUGUGGGAACUUUAAGGACACCUUCGGAAACGUCUUCGAGGCAAGGUUGCCAGUACAGCGUCUGCGAGUUCACACCCUCUAGUCAUGGUAGUUCAUCCAGGCAUCAUCAUCCUCACCAUCAGCAGCAGCAGUGCCGCGAUCGGCAGCGGGGCAGCCUGGGCAGCAGCCACAAAGACAGUAACUCCUACAAUGAAAUAGCCAUGAGCAGCUGCAGAUACAACGGCGGCGUAAUGCGGCCGCUGAGCAACUUGAGCUCGUCCCGCAGAAACAUACACGAGUUUGAUUCCGAGUCCCAGCCCUUGCAGCCGAUCUCAGCCGCAGAUGCGUCGGACACUUUAGUAUCCAAGCCGGAGAAUAAUUCCACCACCCUGAUGCCUUACGCAUCGGGAGACGGAGGGGGAGGCUGCGGCCACAGCGGCGGUAAAUCGGGUAAAAAGAAGAACCAGAACAUUGGGGAAAAGCUCGGUCACAGGAGGGCCUUGUUUGAGAAGAGGAAGCGGCUCAGCGACUAUGCUUUAAUCUUUGGGAUGUUUGGGAUCGUUGUUAUGGUUAUAGAGACUGAACUCUCGUGGGGAGCCUAUGGAAAGGAGUCCCUGUAUUCAUUAGCUCUAAAAUGCCUGAUAAGCCUUUCUACAAUCAUUCUCCUGGGGCUGAUUAUCAUAUACCAUGCAAGAGAGAUACAGUUAUUUAUGGUGGACAACGCAGCUGAUGACUGGAGGAUAGCCAUGACAUAUGAGCGCAUCUUCUUCAUCUGCCUGGAGAUCCUGGUGUGCGCCAUCCACCCCAUCCCAGGAAACUACACCUUCACCUGGACAGCACGCCUGGCCUACUCCUACGUGCCAUCCAAGACGGAUGCAGAUGUGGACAUCAUCCUAUCCAUCCCCAUGUUCCUGCGGCUGUACCUCAUCGCUCGUGUCAUGCUGCUGCACAGCAAGCUCUUCACGGACGCCUCGUCGCGCAGCAUCGGUGCCCUCAACAAGAUUAACUUCAACACGCGCUUUGUGAUGAAGACCCUCAUGACCAUCUGUCCUGGCACCGUGCUGCUGGUCUUCACCAUCUCGCUGUGGAUCAUCGCUGCAUGGACUGUGAGAGCUUGUGAGAGGUACCAUGACAACCAGGACAUAACCAGCAACUUUCUAGGAGCCAUGUGGUUGAUCUCAAUCACGUUUCUUACCAUUGGAUAUGGGGAUAUGGUCCCAAACACAUACUGUGGGAAAGGAGUCUGCCUCCUGACUGGCAUUAUGGGUGCUGGCUGCACUGCCUUGGUGGUGGCUGUGGUGGCGAAGAAACUGGAAUUAACCAAAGCUGAAAAACACGUCCACAAUUUUAUGAUGGAUACCCAGCUAACAAAAAGAGUGAAAAACACAGCUGCGAAUGUUCUCAGGGAGACGUGGCUCAUCUAUAAGAACACCAAACUGGUGAGGAAGAUGGACCACGCCAGAGUCAGGAAGCACCAGAGGAAAUUUCUCCAAGCCAUUCACCAAGCUCGAAAAUUGAGAAGUGUUAAAAUGGAGCAACGCAAGCUGAAUGACCAAGCAAACUCACUAGUGGACCUUGCUAAGACUCAGAACAUCAUGUAUGACAUGAUAUCGGACUUGAACGAGAGAGGAGAGGACAUGGAGAAGAGGAUUGCCCUGCUGGAGACAAAGCUGGAGACUCUACUGAGUAACUUGCAGGCUCUGCCGGGACUCAUCAGCCAGGUCAUCAGCCAGCAGCACAGGGACUUCCUGGAGGUGCAGCUCCAGCCUUAUGACAAACACAGCCCUGAGCGCUCACAGUCAGUGUCCCGACGGAGGUCGUCCUCCACAGCACCGCCCACCUCCUCCGAGAGCAGCUAG